CUUCUGUGAAGUGAUGAAUGAUUGCGGGAUUGCAGACAUAUCACCAUUUUCUGUUAUCCUGGCGAUUUUCUUGUUGCGAUAAUCCCUUGCAUGGGUUGCUGGAAUCAUCACUAUUAUUGCGUACCUAAACUACUUCGUGGUGCAUUUCCCUGCUCUCAUCUUACCUUAAUGCAACUCGUGGAUGCUGCUGUGUGUUUUUUUUUAGCAGGCAUAUGCUAUAGGUUCCGUCAAUUCGCAGUAUAAAAGCUUCGAGUUUCACCUAAUCUGCAGUCGACACUGUUGCGUGGAAGAACUUGACGUAGUCA